UCAGUUGGAAGAAUUCAUAAACAAAUGGAUGCUCGUGUUGGAGGAACAGGAGAAGCUUUUUACUAACCAAGCUACCCAGGUGAACGCUUGGGAUAAACUUUUGUUGGGCAAUGGCGAAAAAAUAGUUGCCCUCAAUGAGGCUGUCGAGAAGGUGAAGGCCGAGUAAGAUGCAAUGGAGCAGGAGCUAGAAUUCGUCACUGCUCAGCAUACCGAUUUGGAGGAGUGUAUUAUACCGCUCGAGGAGGAACUUUCCAAAAUCGUUCAGGUUGAUAUCGAACGAGGCCAAACUUAUUCAAUGGCGGAAACAUUAGACUCGCAGCUCAAACAAAUGUCCGAGGAUCUCAAGGAAGUGAUUGAACAUUUAAACGAGUCGAACAAAUACUCCGAUCCGAGCGAUCCUUUGGUGCAGAUUGGAAAGAUACUAAAUGCUCACAUGAAUUCUCUACAAUGGAUUGAAUCAUCCACCUCCAGCAUAACCACCCGUUUGGAGGAAAUUGGUAAAAUGCAUGAUACACUGAGGAAGGAUAACGAGCGAUCAUUUCGGUUGAAUUAUGACAAUUAA